AAUGCUCAAGAUUACGAUCAAAUCCCUGCUCCUGCUCUCUUCUCUUGCCCUUGGGUCUCUCGUGCAAGUACAAGGAGUAGUCUUUGGAGGUACCGACUUGAGCUCGCCCCUCCUCGCCGGGCUCCCAGGCGAGGACUGCGUCAAAACCCACCUCCAUGAAGGUGACCCCGUCGGCGAGGUCGUCCCCCUCGGGGGGAUGGAUACAUACGGUGAUAUCUAUGGGCCGCUCUAUCAGAAUACGAAACUCAUACAGGACCAGAUUGCUGCGAAAGGUUACACCGUCUUGGGCCCUGAUUACUUCUUCGGCGACCCCAUCUACUUGCACGAUAAUGAGCCCGACUUCGAUAUGGUAGCGUGGUUUAACAACAAGACGGCAUUGGCGCGUGCCGCGACACCACCAUGGCUUGAAGCCGUGAAGCAGAAAUAUGGCGUCAAUGGGAAGGACGUGAAGUACACCGUGUCUGGGUACUGCUUCGGCGCACCGUACGCCUUGGAUGUGGCUGCGACAGAUGACGUCGUCGCUGCAUCUUUCGCUCAUCCGUCACGCGUCACCGAAGAGCAAUUCCAGAAAGUCAAGGAACCCUUGUUACUGACUCUAGCAGAAACCGAUGGGGCGUUUCCACGCGACGCCAGCCGUCGCGCUGAGGAUAUUCUUGUUGAACGGAAGGCACAAUAUUACAUCCAGACCUUCAGCGGUACAACACACGGCUUCGUCAUCCGUGGCGAUCCAAAUAACACCGACAUUGAAUGGGCCCAGCGCACGGCGAUUAAUAGCGUUGUUGAGUGGGGGAAUAGGUUCAGCGUUUG